CACACUCAGUGUCUGAGAGAAUGUCUGUGUCUCACACACAAUGCCAUCAGAUGUGUGGAGGUGUCCGUGUCUCACACACGCACUCAACGAUCUCUUCCUGUGUGUGUCAGAAAGAUAAAGACCCUCUUCCAUGGUCGGCCUCCCCACCUGUGGUCCCUUUAAGAGAACACACGCUUCCGGGUCUCCGCCUGUGAAGUCACUCAUCUCGGCCAAUCACACAAGGACAUGUCGCUUGGGAGCCAAUCCGAGGGGAGGACAGUGGGGUUUGUUGCCAUGGCGACAGCAGCCAGGCCUAGGCCCCGGCUGGCCGCGGGAAGCAUGGAGGCGAUUCCCCAGGAACAGGACCUGAGCCGGGGGCUGGAGAGCCUACCCGUGUCGCUGUGGCCGCCGUCCGAGGAACCCCCGCCCUUCCAGUACAGCCCAGAGCACGUGGCGGGAGCAGGAGAAGGCACUGACCCUUCUGAAAUCACUUUUCCAGGAUGUAAUUGUCUUACUGCUUCCUGCGUGGCCAACACUUGUUCGUGUCUUCGCCAUGGUGAAAACUAUAACAGUUUAUGCAUCAAAUACAUAGGAGGUGAAGUGGACUAUGCUAGACCUAUUUUUGAAUGCAAUGCUAUGUGCCAUUGUGGUGAGUUCUGUCAAAACAGGGUUAUUCAGAGGGGUUUACAAUUCAGACUUGAGGUGUUCAAGACUGUUAAGAAGGGUUGGGGUCUCCGCACACUGGAGUUCAUACCAAAAGGAAGAUUUGUGUGUGAAUAUGCUGGUGAAGUUCUAUGCUUCCGUGAGGCAUGUAGAAGAAUACAGGCACAGACACCAGAGGAUUCAAACUAUAUUAUAGCUGUGAGGGAACACUUGUAUGAUGGACAGAUAAUAGAGACAUUUGUUGAUCCUAUAAAUAUAGGAAAUGUUGGCAGGUUCCUGAACCAUUCUUGUGAGCCAAAUUUAUUUAUGGUUCCUGUCCGAAUUGACUCACUGGUGCCCAAACUGGCACUUUUCGCUGCUGCUGCUAUCUCUGCUGGAGAAGAACUUUCAUAUGAUUAUUCUGGAAGAUUUCUUAAUGUACCGUUAAUCAAAAGAGAGCAGGAAAUGUUGGAGGAAGAUGAUGUAAUGAAAAAACCCUGUUACUGUAGUGCUAAAUCAUGUGUUGGUUUUUUACCAUAUGAUAGCUCUCUGUGCUAUACACCAGGCAAACAAACUUUUGGCAAAGUUUCUCAAGGAAACAGCUGUGCAUAGGGAUUAAAAAAGAUUGAUAUAGGUGAAUAUAGCAUCUAUUGUCAGAUGUGCCUAAACAAAAAUGGAAUGAGAUUCCUUUGUGCUGCCACCCAAAAAAAUGACCAUAGGUCCCCCUCCCCACACACACACACACAGCUACAGCAAGGGUAGAAGUAUAAUGGCAAGAUGUGGGAGGGGGAAAUAGGAAAUGCCACUCCACCUAGCUUCAAGUGAAAGGUUAAGUGACUCAUUAGGACUAUAGGCAAAGUGUAGGAAGUAAUUGUUACGUACACUAUAAUCUUACACAGUUAGAGGCAUAGGCUCAGGACACAGUGACCCCAUAACUUUACAUCUCAGUAAGGGUUAAUACUUCACACAUAGGUGAAGGAGGAAUCAGAGCAGAGGCACUGCUGGUGCAGAAUAAACAGAAGCUCAGGCAGGGGUAAAGUGCUGCGGGUGACUGUUAGACAGUAUGUGCAAAAGGGAAAAAUGGUGUUUUCAGGAGAGGCGACUGCAAUCUGCUUUACCGCUCUGACUGUUAGAGCUGGCCUUGGACAAAAGCCAAGACAGAGUUCCUGACAACUUGCUGAACAAUCUCCUGUACUCUCAACUUGAUUCCAGGUGGAUGAUGCAAGAGAGAGCUAAAUGGGUGACCUGUUGCCACAGCUAACCUUUUUCUGUUAAAACAAGAAAGCUUAGGAUAACUUGCCACAGCUCAAAGGGAAGUUGAAGGUUUUGAUAUAAGGCCUGUUUCAGUGGACAGCGAGGUAUAUAGAAACAGAUUGAAUUAGAAUGGUAGGUGCAGAAAAGAGGGAAUUUGGGGAGAUGAGUUAGAUAAGGGAAAAAAAUCACUUAAGAAUUAAAGGUUUCGGAGUAGCAACCGUGUUAGUCUGUAUUCACAAAAAGAAAAGGAGGACUUGUGACAGCUCACUUCAUCGGAUGCAGCUCACAAAAGCUUAUGCUCAAAUAAAUUCGUUAGUCUCUAAGGUGCCACAAGUACUCCUUUUCUUUUUAAGAAUUAAAUCUAGGGAAAAAAAUCAAGGUGACAAGUGCAAAUUAACAGUGGCAUUUACAAAGGUGGCACCCGUUUUUGUUUUUUUAAACUGUGUGCCAUUAAUAGUUCCUGCAAACUAAAACUAUUUAAAACAUGAAUUGCCUUCCCUGUUCUGGAGCCUGUUUGAAAAUUAGGAGUCACUUUCUUUUAUCCAAUGCUGUAGCUGAGCCCCUCCUAUUUCAUGACCAGCUUUUACAGAAUAUUAAGUGAAAUGUAUUCCCGCCUCCCCAUCUUUUGCCCGCUCUUCCUGCUCACCCCUCUUGACUGUAACUGGCUAGGGAGCUAAUGCUGUUCCAUGAACACUUGACUUUCCAUUUUCUCCUUUGUUCCCUGAAAUUGACUCUGUACCCCAGGCCUCCUCUGUGAUCAUUCUAACUUUUUCUGAACUGGCUCCAUCUCAAGGCAUAGGCUCUGUUAGCCACAAGAGGGCACCAAUGUAGAUGUAUAGUCAUCCCUUUGAAAUAGCAUGCAUCACCUCAGUGAUGCUUCCAGCUGAUGUUGGCAAAACAACUGAGGGAGUGUGCAGAAAAUCCAAACUCCACUUUGUGGAGUAGUACAAUACACGACCUGUGUGUCUGGCAAAACAGACUGAAGUGGUAGAUGCUAAUAUACAACACCUUUGCGAACAAGCAUAUGUUUCUGCAUUGUUCAACAGAUGGCACAGAGAAGAGGAGGUUUUUGUUUUAUUUUAUAUUAGUCCUUUCAAGCAUUUUUUUAUGCAGUCAAAUGUUUUGUUAGCCUGUUUUUUCUCUCAAACCAAAUUGUUUUUCUGCCUUGGGUUAUAAGGAACAGGGAAGCAGAGAUUUGUCAUUGCAGAUAGGAGGGAUAGUGGUGUUUCAAAGAUACAUAAAGUAAUGGCUACACUUUACAACUAAAAAAUACAAAAUGUUUAGCAGUAUGAGUUAAGUUGCUAGUUUUAGGCCAGUUGUUGUGGACCAGUGACUGUCCCAAAACUAUCCACUAGCACUGUUACUGAUUGUCAUCAGUCCAUAACCAUCUGAUGGCGUCAGAGUACCUCCUCUUUCUCCCUUAGAAAUGAUUGCUUCUGCUAGUUGUGUAUGGUGGAGGUGUACGUAAGAGAAACUUCCUAUUUGUUGGUGUCUUGAGUAAGUAAAGUGCGGCAAGGGUGGCAACCAACUCACCUAUCCUCAAGAGAUGAAAUGCACAAUCACUUAGCACUUAAUUUUUCUUUGGGGGCAGAAGGAAUCUUAUUGUAAGUAAGCAGGAUAUUUUCAAUUCAAUUUCCAUCUUAUAUCUAUUUCUUUAAUUUUGAGAUUAACAUUUUUAUGCAUGAGGCAUCUGCACAAAAGAACCACUCUUGCCCCUACCUAAAACUGAUCUUGACUGAACAUUCCAGAUGGAAGGGUUGAAAAUGUAGAACAUGAAAGAUGUUUUAGAGCCCAAGGAAAGACCAUACUUUGUUCCUUCACGGCAGGUAGGCCCCAAUCAGGGCAGAGCUACUCUCAGACCCUAGUUUAGAAAAGGAAAAGGGUCUCUCACGCCUUUCCUGUAAUUCCACACAGUCUUUCUUUGUAGCAUGCUUUAAGUCCAGUCUGUUUCAGUUGGGCUAGUUUAAAGAUUUAGUGCUCCCCUACACUACCUUUUGCCCCCAGUUUCCAGUGUCCCAUCCCCCACCCUUCCCCCAAAAUCAUACUACUGGGAAACCGACACUACCUUUGUGGUAAAAUUUGAAGGGCAAGUAGAUUCAUCUAUGCACUGCUUAGUUUUGGCUGCUGGACUAGCUUAUUUGUAAUGUUUUGUCUUGUGCUGUUGGGUGGUGAGGUGGUACAACAUAUAUUAAAGUCAGUUUUUAAGAACAGGAUAGAUGGGUCAAUUGCCAGUAGAUCAGAUUUAAUUAUAAUUUUUUAAAAAAAACCUAAACCUGCAUUUUACAACACAAAAAUCCAUUGUCUAUAAAAACUAUUUCAAUGUAUGCUUUCUGUAAUACAAUAUGUUCUCUAAGUAGCUCACUUACUGAGUAGCUCAUGUUAUCUUAAUUCACUGUACCUUGGGUCUAUUAAAUAUCACAAAGUGUUCAAACAUACAUGUCUGUCCAAUAAAUUUGUAAACAAA